GUGUAGCUUUGGGGAGUGCAAGGCGGGGGCGGUGGUGGUAAGUUCUUCUUAUUCCUCUUCCAUUUCCUCUUCUUUCUAAGAUGCCCCUGCAGGCUAGGGUUCCCGGCGGGCGGCGGCCACCCCUACUACUCUCGCCCUCGCCACCAUCCACCAAUGGAGUCCACCAUGGGGAAUGCCCAGUUGCCCACGUAGUGGGAGCGACAGUUUGUCUGGCACCGACGCGAUUACCAGGGAGAGUGGUGGCGGCGGCAUGGAGUUGGUGCCUUGGGGGCAGCCGCCUUUGCUGGGGCGGAGGCAGUAGUGGACAUCGGCGUCAGCGUAUUGCGGAUCUGCUGCUGACGGCUACUGAGGGGACGGGCUGGGGGAGCAAGGUGCGCACAUACAAGGACGUCUGCGACCGGCCCUGUGGAUCAACAUGGUGCGCAUGAGCGAUGAUGCUUCCUCAGUCCCUCCACCAUGUCAAGGAGGCCUACAGGGAUCUACUCCCUCCGGUCGGAUUUAAUCGACGCGGAGGGCGGCCUGCCGAUGCAUGUCAUUAAUGGUCAUAAAUAUGUUGAGGCUAGAAAUAUUCAGCUAGGAAGAUGGAGUACAAGAGGAGUAACCCGAGAUGGCGUGUGCAACAUGCAUGAACAGAGCUGCCGCUCCAAACAUAGGAUUGCAUGCCAGAACUUCAAUAGUUGCAAUUAUCCUAUUGAUAGUCUUCACCAAUGCCCAUGCUAUCAACAUGUAUGGUUGCAUACCUUACAUUUUGCUAUUCGGAAGGGCUAUGGACCACAAUCAAUUGAAGAUAAACGGAGGCUAUGUAUGUUGCUGAGAAGCCUAAAUUUUAAUUCUACUGUAUUAGUCUCCGAACCCUGUACACAAAAUACUAAGAAUUUCUGCAGAUGGUAUGUUCUGAACUUAUAGGUGAACUUGGAGAUGUUCCUAUGGAUCUCGAUUAUAUGCAAUGUUUCCUUGGUUGGAAUUUCAUGAGUCAAUGACCUUUCAUACUUUAUAUUGAUUCAUGGGUUCUAAUGUCUUCAUGUUUUCCAUCUCAACUUACUGCUUUUCCCUUUGGCAGGAUGUAGAUUCAAAACACUUUUAGACAUCACCCCUUUAUGCCAAAGGGAAUUGAUGAUGAUGAUGAUGUGACAACAUGAAGCUAACAAUGUCUAGCAGAUAAUUAUAAUGCAGUGACGAGUGAAAAAAGAGAGAGCACUACCAGAGAAAUGCUACAUAACUUUUUAAUUGGCAUUCAGUUAGUUUAGUUUCUCAGAUCGUUAAAAACGAUAAAAAAAAACAAAGCCCUUCAUUGAUGCUUCUUGUGUGUAUGAGUGUAUUCUCCAUUGUAGACUUAGCAUAUUCACUAUCGUAGAACAAUAAAUUUUAUCUUUAUCAGUGUGGGAUGGACAAGAGGCGAUUACAU